AUGGCGAUAGACGGCCUCAAGCUCUUAGGGAACUACAGCUUCGCCCUCAACAGCGAUCCUAGCGAUCCAUUCUUCCAUAUUUGCUGGCGCCGACAGUCCUGCUCCAGCUGUCUGACCGGUGAUGUCGCGUGCAGCUGGUGUGCUAUAGUAAGCCAGAGGCUCCCCUUGUUGAUCAAGUAUCAAUUGCCCGCCCAAUUCUCUAGGACCAUUUUGGCCACCCUGAUCAUUGACACGUAUUCCGUACUUGCAUCUCCCUUUCUGCUUUUUUUUACAUGUCAUUUGCGCGAUGUUCGUUUCAUAUUGUGCGCCCUUGCGUCCCCAGCCGCUAGAAUGGGGAGAGUCCAAGGCCUUUUCUACCCUUCAUCACGGUCUUCGACCUGUGUUCCCAACCCCUCACGGUUUCCAAUAUUUGCGCCUAUCGGCUCAUCGAUCAUAUGUCCCCUUGGCUCAAAAGAGAGAUGGGAGAUGAGGGCUCUGCCUUUUGGAUGUGAUGCCAGUACUUUGACUGUGCUGUCAGUGAUUGUUGCUAUGCUAGGGACACUGGCAUUGGGUGGGGUGGUAGUUGGGGUAGUGUGGCUUGUGCGCCGGACCCGACGUUGGAAGGAGGCAGAAUAUGAGAGGAUCGAUGGCGAGGAGCAAGGGUCGUCUGCGUGGCAAUCAUGGGAUCUGGGGCUUGCAUCGAUUGUUGGUCUCUUUCCCUAUUGGAGUCGGAUGGGGGAUCAAACUGAGGCCGAGGAAGGGGAAGAUGCGGCGGAGACGAGGCCGCUAUUAGAGUAG